AAACCCCACCCCUCCCUCAUAUCCGAUCUCUUUCACCCUCGUGUCGGUCUAAGGAGAUUGUUAAAGGGCUUAGCGAAUGUCAGAGAGCUGAGAGGGAGAGGAUACAUACUGGCAUAUUACUUCUCAUCAAUAUAAUUACCUUACAGCACUUUUUAAUUAUUAAAAAAACUGCCGAUUUCACCUGUGACCAGGAUUGUUUUUUUGAAUUUUCAUCCUCUAAAUUUCCUGCCCGAUGCUCCAACGCUCAUAAAGAUUAAAGAAAACGGAAAGUGAAGUGCCGCAGUAUCAUGACCAGGAAGGUGUUCACCAACACUCGUGAGCGCUGGCGCCAACAUAAUGUCAAUACUGCCUUUGCAGAGCUACGGAAACUCAUACCCACUCACCCACCUGAGAAAAAACUCAGUAAGAACGAGAUUCUACGGCUGGCAAUGCGCUACAUCAAUUUUCUGGUAACUCUGUUGGGAAAUCAGGACGGAGAAACAUCAGCUCACUCUCAAGCCGCACUUCUCACACUGCUUACGGGGAACAUGCAAAACCUGCGCACUGACCGCACCUGGCACAGCGACACUGACCCACCCUCGCCUGGAUCCAGCUGCGACAGUUCAGAAGCAUGGUAGACUGGUGUAAAUUGAUGGUUGCAUGAAUAGAACUUAAGGAUUGUAAUUCCUCCUUAAUAGAAUGUUUAUUGGAAGAUUUUAUGAUUGUGACAUUGUCAAUGUGGUGAAAUCAAAGUGCCAUUUCCAUGGAGACACAGAGCUGAAGGACAUUCCAGAUUCUGGGAUUGUUCAUUGUGACUCUGCAGAGAUCAUUGUGACAUCACAAUCACUCGUUCCUUCAAUGUCGUUUGGAAACAAUUGAUUUGCGGAAACCCAGAGACUUAAAUAUAAAUGUAUUGGCAUUAUUUGCCAAUGCUUCAAAACUGUUGCCAUUUGUAAUUGAGCGGAGACCCUGAGCAACAUAUGCAUUGUCAAGGAUGCACUUUAUAAGCAUCUCCCCAGUACUUUUUAGUAUUUAUAUAAUUUAAUUUCUUUGUCUGAAUGAACAUGUUCCUGAUUGAAAAACCUCUCUAGAUUUGAAACUUAAAUAUAUUUGAUUGUAUUUAAUUUUAUUUUUUAUUUAAUAUUUAUGCUACACUCAAAAAAUAUUGUAACAUUUUUUAAGGUUUACACAUAUCAAUGUCAUAACAAAAUUCCAUUAAAUGGAAUUGUGGAAUUUUUACCUAAAUUAAAUUAAUGAAACCUAAAAUAUUUAGUUUUUAAGAUUACUCAGUUUAAUUUGAUGAAUUUUGUUAUGAAAUUGAAAUGUGUAAAUCCUAAAAAAAUCUAUAUUCUAAUUUAUUUGAUGGAAAAUACUAUCUUUUAAACUACUCUGCAUUCAGUAACGUUUUGCCAAAGAUAGUUUUUGUGCAUUCGUUAUUCAGAAUUGUAGAAUGUUUGUCCUCAUUCAUUGUUUUACAUGAAAAUCUUUAUUUAUUGUAUUAAUUUAUUAAUAAAAAAAAACUAAUUUAGACCUUCUGAAAAUUGACUAGAAUAUUUAAUCAGCCUUCGUCAGAUUAAUCAAAAUGGCUUAUUGGUCCAUGUGCCUAUUGGUCCAUUCUAAGCUCUCUGAUUGGCUAUUCUGCAGUGGUCAGAGAAUUGUCCACUGCAGAGACUGUUUAAGAGCAGUGUGACCAUAGCGGUGACCUCUGUAGUGUCCAGGCUACAUGAGAGAGGGGAUUGUGGACACAGCUUAACUUUUGGUCUAAUGCCAGAGGUCAUCUUGGAGUCAAAAUCCACACUCGCCAGUGACCAAUCAGGCAAACAAAGAGAGAGUGUGUAUGUUUGUGUUACGAUCAAACAUCAGUAGCCUAUAGAAAAUCUAUUGUAACUGAUUUUAGUUUGAGAUAAUAAAAAAAUGAAAAAAGAAAAAAAAAACGAUUGGUUUAUACACAGUUGAUGUUGAUACACAUUUUUCACCCCAUAAAGAAAACAAAGGCAUAAAGAAGCAUUUUUUUAAGGCAAUUAAAAUGUUUAGCACUGUGACAUUAUUUUCAUGACAAUUUAGCAUGAUUUUAGGGUCAUUUUCAUUACUGUACUGCAGUAAUUCACAUUUUGGGGGUAAAUGUCAUGAAAAUAUCACAAUCCUAAAAAUUAUAUGACAUGAUUUGGGCUAAGUAUACAGUAUUUAAAACUAAAGGAACAUAUCACUCAUUUGUGUUCAGAUCAACUUAGUCCAUAGGCUACUGCUUAUAAAGUGUAAAAUUAUAUCUAAAUCUCGUAUAGCUGUUUUAGAGUCAUUAUUACAGAGGAAAAGAGGGUUUGUGGACAGCUGUUCAUACUACUUUACCUCCGUUUUAAAAUCUGCAGCUGACCACCCGCUGUACUAAUCACCAUUUAACACAGCAUACAAUCACAAACACAAACAUGGCAACUUUGAUCCUUAAACCAAACACAGAAAACAAAAGCUUAUCUGGUGAAUGUGUCAGUGUUUACUAAUGCUUAGUUAGAAAACUGGUACCCUUCACCCUCUGAGUUCAGUUCUCCAAAAAACACUCAUAAUGCAUCAUGACCUUAAAUACCUCAAAUUAAUAUUUAAAUACUUCACCCAAAAACCCAGAAGUACUGGUAGGCUUACAAUAUUCCGAGAAGUAUCAGUAAAGAUAAUUACAUAAUGCAAAUGGAAAAUACACUCCAUACGCUCUCAAAUCAAGAUCUGCUAAAUAUUGUGCUAAAAUUAGAAGAAUAUGAGUAGUUGAAAUAACUAUUUUACAAUGUUUAGCAUUUGUGUCCUCAUAUUAAUUGAGAGACUACAUGGAAUAUUUGUACUUUUAAAAAUGAAUUUGUCACACUGUAGGCCCAGUUGAUAUGAACUAGUGAAGACAAAAUGGUAAUUAAAAUGGUAUGAAGUUGUAACUACUGUAGUUACUAACCAAAACAAUAUAUGUCAUCCCUUAUACUGUACAUUCAUAUAAAUUCUAAUCUUAAAAUGUUUUAAGUGCACGGACACGUUAUGCAUCAACUACCUAAUAUAUUUCUCCACUGCAUCUAAGAAUUUCUCCAUUGAUAUAUUGUGAUGCGCCCUGCUUUUAAUGGAUAAAUCUGCUAAAAAAAAAAAAAAAAACAAGCUUUCAGAUUACAC